AUGCAACCCCAACUGCUACUCGCCAUAGCCAUCUUCCUUCGCACAGGCCUCUCUAGGAGACACCACAGCCAGCCACAACAGUCACAGAAUGAGACUCAGGAACCAUCCACCAGUAUCCUUGGCUGUGUUGAGCAGGGUGCGAGUUGCGCAACGACUGCAUACAUGGACGAUUCGACGUUGGAGAGAUACGAAUGUGCCUUCGACCUUGUCGAGUGUAUUGUUGCAGCUGUCUGA